GUGGCUGCUAUGGAGGCAGUAGGUGGGCUUUAGAGGCGACGGGUGUUGGGGGGUGGUGAGCCCGAUGAAGGCGAGCCGGUUACAGAGCGGUGGGAACGGAGCUUCAUAGGAACCGUUCGUUUAGAAUAUUAUUCUGGGUCCGUGGACAUUUCUGACGUGAAGUCGUGAUUUCCGGUCAAGCGAGUCCUCGGACUUGUCACCUUCCUGGACAUGGACGAUACCAUUUACAUUCCCGCUGACCUGACUCCAGAAGAACGUAUUGAGCUCGAGAACAUCCGUCGCAGGAAACAGGAACUGCUGGAAGAGAUCCAGAGGCUGCGUGAUGAGCUGAGUGAGGCUAUGAAUGAGGUGGAAGGCCUGGAGGCCAAUGAAGGAAGCAAAACGUUACAAAGAAACCGGAAGAUCGGGAUGGGCAGAAAGAAGUUUAAUAUGGAUCCUAAAAAGGGCAUCCUCUAUCUCCAGGAGAAUGAGUUGCUGAGAAACACUGCAGAAGACAUAGCACGCUUCUUGUACAAAGGGGAAGGGCUGAAUAAGACCGCCAUCGGGGACUACUUAGGAGAGAGGGAGGAUUUAAAUAUUUCUGUUCUUCAUAGCUUUGUGGAUCUCCAUGAGUUUACAGAUUUGAACCUUGUUCAAGCUCUCAGGCAGUUUCUAUGGAGUUUUCGUCUGCCAGGUGAAGCUCAGAAGAUUGACCGCAUGAUGGAGGCUUUUGCGCAAAGAUAUUGUAUGUGUAAUCCGGGUGUGUUUCAGUCCACAGAUACUUGCUAUGUCUUGUCUUUUGCGGUCAUCAUGUUGAACACUAGUCUGCAUAACCCCAAUGUUCGAGACAAACCUGGCUUUGAAAGAUUCAUCUCUAUGAACAGGGGAAUAAAUGAUGGGGGUGACCUUCCUGAGGAACUACUCCGGAACUUGUAUGACAGUAUCAGAAAUGAGCCAUUUAAGAUCCCAGAGGAUGAUGGGAAUGACCUCACACACACAUUCUUCAAUCCUGAUCGAGAAGGCUGGCUUCUCAAAUUGGGCGGCCGGGUGAAAACAUGGAAGAGGCGCUGGUUCAUCUUAACUGACAACUGUCUGUAUUAUUUUGAGUAUACCACGGAUAAAGAGCCGAGAGGCAUUAUCCCGCUGGAGAACCUCAGCAUUCGUGAAGUUGAAGAUCCUAGAAAACCGAACUGCUUUGAACUUUAUAUACCAAACAAUAAAGGGCAACUAAUCAAAGCAUGCAAAACGGAGGCUGAUGGGAGAGUAGUGGAAGGCAACCAUAAUGUCUAUAGGAUUUCAGCCCCGACUCCUGAAGAGAAGGAAGAAUGGAUCAAAUCUAUACAGGCUGCAGUGAGUGUGGACCCCUUCUAUGAGAUGCUGGCUGCCAGGAAGAAAAGGAUCUCGGUCAAGAAAAAACAGCAGAUGCAACAGGAACAACAAGAACAGUCUUAAAGGACUCGUACCUUCUUCUUGGAAACUCGCCUCUCCUGGCUUGCAACCACUGCUGAGCACUCCAUUGCCAGAUGAGGAUGGUGACUAUUGCUGGUGCUCACGGGUAGGGCACUAUGGAAACUGAGACCUUGUUUGCACUGGAUGCCUAGUGUACUCGCUAGAGCGUAGCUGAACUUGAUCUCGCCUCCAUCAUUUCAAGCCGGGCCUCAGUGUUCACUGAGUGCUGGUCAUUGAGGACUUUGAUUGUUGGAUUUUUCCUUUUUUUUUUCCCCCUCCCCCUUCCUCUUCAUUAGUGUAAAGAAUAUUUUUGUUUUAUUGAACUCUAAACCUAUUGGACAAAUAUGUGGUGUGGAAAAGUGCAUGAAAAAGCAAUACGACUCGAACCCUUUCCAUUGCCAUAGCACAAGCUUCGCAUUUGUUCUGUAGCCAGUUCUUUUUAUAAUCUUCUGCCAGAUGGUCCUCCAAGGUUGGUGGGGACUAUCCCUUAAGGUGACGCCUUGGUUUGGCAUUGCUUUCUCUAUGGGUUCUCUAUGUAUCUUGUCUAAAUGUAGCCAUAACCCUUCGAUAGCUGUUAGCCAAAUUUUCAUUUGCACAACAGCUAUUCGUUCUGGUCCACCAAAUGCACACUUGGCUUGACUGGACAAUAGACUUGCAUGUGUCCUGUGUGGAGAAAGGGGACUAAGCUUCUGCCAGAUGUCCAUCUUCAGACACUUCUAGCAAUGGCCUAUCUACCUUAAGAAAAAAGGAGUCCUUGACACUUCUCUCCCGUCAAUCUGAGUCGAGUUGUGAGGCUCUCAUACACAGUUAGUUGGUCAGCUAGUCCUGCCCCAAUCGCUGCGUUCAGCUGACAUCCAUCUAAUGUGUAUGGCAACCUUUAGUCCAUUUUCUGCUGCUGGCAGCUUGAAGAAACAAAUUCACAGCCGUAGAAGAUUAAAGAAAACGUGAUCUUCAAUCUUGAAAAUGGCACAUUGUCAUGUAGCCACCUGGACUGUUCGGACCUCACAAAUGUUCAUAAAAAUGGCAGUGCUCGUCUUUUUGGCACAACCAUGCUACUGAAACUGCCCUCAACAAAUGCCAAGGCAGUGGCAUAGCACUAGAAAGCUACCAACUGUACCAUGCUGAAGCCCAAUCGUGGACCUGCCCCCUACUCCAUAUAAUGGGUGGCAUGAGCUUACACAUCUGUAUACGACCCUGUUUUCUGCUUUUACUUCAGUAGCUGCUCUGGUGUAAAAUAUGUUGAGCCCUGUACAGAGAUUUACCACCCUCCACUACAUCUGCAAAUUUUCUUCAUAUAUGCUAUACCAGGGUUCAGCAACCUUUGGCACUGCAGCUGCUUUGAAACUACGACUCCCAGCUUGCACAUUUGUUUUUCUGUUCUUGUAACUCCAUUAAAAGCAAAUGGAGCAUUCUGGGAGUUGUUGUUUCUGAACAGCUGGCGUGUGGGCGGGUUGCUGAUCCACGGGCUAUACUUGGAUAUUCUGUGCAGUCACUUCUACUGCAGAGCCAUAGGGCGGCCCCCAUGGCGACACUUCUGUAAUACAGCAUAUGAUGGAAUAUGCAUUCUUUUUAUGCAGUCUGAAGAGCAUAUUGGGUAACUGCAUAUACUGCAAUCCCCUGCAUUAUCUCUUACAUAGAAGAGAUCUUCUCAGAUAUCCCUAAAGCAUCAGUUUUAUGAUAUUUUUAUAAACUAGCACUUCCUCCUAUUUAUUUCUGUCCAUUAUGAGAGCUUGUCUCACAGCCUCCUUUAUGUCAUCAGACUAGUUCUUGUGCUUUUUCUGGAUAUCACAAAUACCCAUAUCGCAGGUAGUGGAGCACAGCACUGGAUCUUGAUUUGCUACUGUUAAGGAUUGGCCUUGUAUGAUACUUUCUCCCUCCGCUGUGUGGGAUAUAAGAUGCCAGCGCACGUCGCUGCUAUUGUUUUUGCCAGUCCACAGGCAGCAAAUAAGUGCAUUAUUCUUGAUGUCUCAUUGUGCGCCAGCAAAGCGAUUUCAGUUUAAUACGCUAAAGAGGCAUUAAGCCUAAAGUCUUUGUGCCGUGCAGCUGGUUACGCUCUAUUGUCCCUGUUGUCAACCACUUCAGGCUGAGAGGAAGCUGACUAGUGUCCAGUGAGAUUAAUGACAGAGGUGUCACAUUAUUCCAGCUAUGAGAACCUCCCGAAAUGUGGGAUUGAUAUGCGCAGCCUUUUAAGAGAAAAGUAUUGACCUAAAUCAGAUUUUUAGAAGGCUGGUUCCUAGAAUCUCACAGCAUGUUGAAGCUACUUGUGCACCGACUUUGCUCCCCAAUGUUGAUAGGGAAGAAAACACUACAGCGGGCUGAAGGUGGCCAUAGAAUAACACUGACCGUGCAUGCAUUUAUCCCGAUCAUGCCACAGUCGAGAGGAAUGGAAAGCACAUCUUUUUGGAUAUGUUUAAGGGGCAUUACCCAUAUUUCAGUUUUGUAAUGUGACUCAUUUGACAGGUUGUGUAAUUUGUAGUGCCAUGGUGGGGUACGGUCUCCUGUCCCCCGCCGCACUGUGCCUGUCUGUCGCAUUCACUCAGAAGCUGUGAAAAUGAUUCAGGACUGAAUACCUCAUCUUUUGAAGGGGUAAGACGCGGUAAUAUUGGAUUGGAAUUAUGUUUGUAAUUUUUUUCUAUUUAAUAUAUUGUACACAGAUACAUUAAUAAAAAAACGUAAAUGGUAGUAUGAGA